AUGUGGGUGCAGUAUUUACUUGAUACACCUUUAUAUAAACAUUAUCAGAUUAAAAUCGAUACAUCAUUUUUCAAUCAAAAUAUUCCAAAUAUUUCACAGAACAAUAUUGAUUAUUUUAGUGAAAAUAUUGAUAUUGAAGAAAGUCUAACUGCUCAACAACAAACAUUAUUGUGGAACGAAGAGAAAUAUUUGAGACUAGUACCGGGAGAACACAAUAUUCCGCAGAGUCUAUUGUUCGAUGAACAUGCUGAAGAGUUGUCAUUUCCAAGCAUUUAUCUAGGACAAUUUAGACACUUUAAGGAUGAUGUAAGAGUCACUCCAUUCAUAAUAGCUUCGAGCGAACUGCGACGUUCUGAUCGCCGAGAAGUUACUCCAUAUCAUUUGUUGUAUAUGGCUGUAAAAAUAAUGAGAUUGCGCGUUCGUGACUGCUUGACUAUUGCUUUCAAACAUAUUGGUACAGAUACCAAAGUUACUAAAGAACAAAUACAGUCUGAAGAAUAUAUCAAUAAUUGCUUCGAGUCUAAUUUGGCCUUUCUUCGAUCCAUACCGAAUUCUCUUUGGUACUGGGCUGAAAGAAAACGCGACUUAUUUGCAAUGAUAAGACAGUUAGGAAAGCCAACUGCGUUUAUGACACUGAGUGCGAACGAAAUAGGAUGGCCAGAUUUGUUUAAAUUAUUGUACACGUUAGCCAAAGGAAGACAACAUACGGAAGAAUUCAUUUCGUCAGAAUUAAGCUUUAUUGAAAAAAGUUCAUUGAUCAACAAUGACGCAGUUGAAUGUGCCAUUUAUUUCAACAAAUUAGUCAAUGUUAUUGUAGUAAGCCAGCUACUACGGAGUAAUACCAAUUUCAUAAGUACAUAG